AGUUACUGGUGAGAAACAUGGUUGCACAAUAUCAAAUGAUUGGUGAUGAACUAUUCAGUCAGUUUGUCUUUCCCAACGGAGACUAUUACGAAGGUCAGUACGCUAUAAGAGAUUCAGGAAUUGUACGGCACGGAAAAGGCAAAUUUGUUGGUGAUUUUAGAAAACGGAUGUUAGAUGUGACAAUAUCAAAUUCACUUAGCCAAUCGUAUAGAAAUUUGUCAGACAUCAAUCCUGAAUGUAAAAACAGAAACGGUUCUGAUGUUUCAAUGUUAUGUGAUUUAUUUGGAGAAACGUUUCUUCAUAAAGGAUACUACUCAGGAGAAUGGGUGAAUGACAAAAUUGAAGGAUUUGGGAAAGUGAAAUUUGCAUCUGGAUCUUACUAUGAAGGCAGUUUUAAGGACAAUAAAAUGGAUGGUUUAGGUACAUACUAUUGGCCAAGUGGUCAUAUAUUAAAAGCACAAUUUGAACAAAAUAAUAUUCAAGAAAAUUCCUUAAUUGAAUUAAUUGAUCCAGAUGGUAAACAAUGGACUGGACAAUUUAAACGAAAUUCUCAACAAAAAUUAACUUUCAAUGAAAAUGAUAAAUGUUUAAAUGAAACUCAAUUGUUUUUUAAUUUAAAUGAAUAUUAACAAAAAAGAAUAAUUCAAUAAAUUUAAUUUAAAAUUUUUC